CUGCGGGCCGCCCGUCCGUGCCGGUGCUCGAAACGCCCUCCCCCCGGGCCUCGGCGUUGGGCUGCGGAGCGGGGAGCUGCGGCCCACCCCUUCCUGCCGACGGCGCCACGGCCCCCAGGCCGAGGGACCCCCUGAGCUCCAUGGUGGCAGCGGAAUUCCCCUGAUGUCACCUGGCAGAUAACACCGUCACCGUCCUUCAGGGAAGCGAGAGCUUGGGCUACCAAAUCUGUGCUGUGGACCGCUAAGCUCAGCAUCCUGAUUUGGUGCCACGUUUGGGAGGAUGAAUCAGGACAGCGACUCCAGUGACCAGCCCACUGGCCAGGACCCACUCCUCCUGCUGAAAACCCUUCAACUUCUCUGGACAAAGAAAGAGAUGAAGAAGCAGCUCAAGGAAGAAAUCAGGCGGGGCUUUGCGGGACUGGAGGACCCAUUGGCCGGACUCCUGGACAUGCUGGAGAGCAGCGGAGAUUGGAAGGGGAAGGGGCAUUCCCUCGGGUAUUGCAUCACCACUGAGUUGCAGCUUUGGAUAAAAGAGCAUCCUGCUGUUCAACAGUCUGGCAUCAAGCUGAAGAAGCUGCAGGCCCGUGUACUCAGAAUACUAGCCCAGUGCCCAGCUAAUCUUCUUGACCCUCUGAUUAGCAUUUACCAGCUCCAUACAGCAGACCGGAACUAUUUGCUUGGACAUGUCAGUCAUCUUUAUCACAAGGGCGAUUACAAAGAGGCAGCCAUACUGAGUAUUAAACUAAAAUUACAGCCAGAUCAAGAUGUGGAGAAGAUGUGUGUGCCACUGCUGCUCCAAGAUAAAACUAACUUGGUGGAAGAUUAUGUGGGGGAAUAUCCUGAGCUCCAGAGCAAGCUCUUGCAGAUCCUGGACACGUGGUGUGAACCUGGUUUUAACAUCAGGGACGUCACAAGCCAAUAUCAAGGCCUGUCCAGGUACAAACCAGAUAAAUUUAACCGCAAAACGCUAAGCAAGCUGAUCUUCAGACUCCUAGACCGAUUUAACGUAGAUCCAGCUCUCUGCCCUAACGUCACAAAUCAGCGGCACUUGAGAACUCUGAAUUAUCUCUUUUACAAGCGAUUUGUUGAGAAAACCAUGACUCAGGAGAACUGGACAGAUCACGUUCAGAGCACCGUUGGAGAGAAUCGGUGGCUUCAAGGGCACCUCAUACAGUUGCUAAUCAGUUACUGUGAUUUGAACACGGCCGCAAGGUGGGCGCAACGCUGCAAUUUGCCCAAGGAGCUGCUGCCUUACGGAGUGGCUGAUGAGCUUCAAAAGCUUCAGAUGCAAGAGAGAUCUGCUCUGGUUCGUGUUCAAGCCCCGUGUAACCUCAGGAAAUAUGACGCAGAUGUAAUCACCUUCAAAACACUGUCUGCAAUGGCCCACUUCUCCAGAUGGGUAGAAGAAGCUGCAAAAGCAGACAGUUAUGAUGAGAGUAAGAAGAAGGAUUAUUACCAGCUUCCUAUUCCACGGGCAAAUAUUCACUUCCUGCAGACCUGGGAAGAGACGCUGCAGUGCUGGGAAAAGGUGCUGCAGCCUGGGCAGGUUGUUGGCAUUGACAUGGAGUGGAGGCCUUCCUUCGGCAUGGUCGGGAAGCCCCGUGUCUCCCUCCUUCAGAUCGCUCUGAAGGAUGAGGUGUUCCUGCUUGACUUGCCAUGGCUCCUCGAGCAAGCUGAGACUGAGGGUGAGAAGGAGAAGCUUCCCCGUUUCAUCCAGAUGCUCUAUUCAGAUGCAUCCAUCACUAAACUAGGUUAUGGGAUGUCUGGAGACCUUAAGAGCCUUGCAGCCACAUGGUCUGCUUUGAAAGACACAGAUAAGCAAGUGCAGGGUGUUGUGGACCUGCUCAAAGUAGACAAACAACUGCAGAAGAGCUCCAUUGACUGGAAGAAGGGUGGCCGGAAGGUCAAUGUCCUGUCCCUGGAGCAGAGCUAUGAGGAUAGAGGGUUCAGGCAGCCGGAGAAAGGACUCAGCCUCUUGGUGCAACACGUGCUGGGGAAACCUCUAGAUAAAACAGAGCAGCUGUCUAACUGGGAGAAACGGCCUCUCCGGGAGGAACAGAUCCUCUAUGCAGCUUCAGAUGCAUACUGUUUGCUGGAGAUCUACGAGAAGCUCUGUAAGGACCCAGCGAGCUUUGGUCUGAGUUCAGACCUGACUGAGAGUCUGGUGGGAAAACCAAGCGUAAAACCCAGGGCAAAGAAGCAGCUGAAUAAACAAGAAGUACCGUCACCUUCUGGACAGCAAUGCACAGGAUCCAGAAAGGAGACCUCGUCUCCCCCUGCUCCCAUCUCCCCAAAGGAGUUCAGUGUGGUCUGCGAUAACAUGCUGCAAGGCCUCGGGCGCUACCUUCGCUGCCUUGGUGUAGAUGUCCAGAUGCUGGAGAAUGAGGAUGACCAUAGGAAAGCCGCUGAGAUUGCCCGACAGGAAGGAAGAGUCAUUUUAACCUCUGGACUCCCAUAUCAGACUGCCUGAAAUCUCUUUGGAAAGGGCCGUGUCACCAUCUCAAUGAAUUAAGAAGGGUCAUGUGCGCUGGAUUUUGUCGACUUGGGAAUGCUGAGAGAGUAUCAUUUUGAAACCCUCUGUGGUUUAAUAAAAGGUUCAUCCAUAGGAUGCAAUUUGUCAGCGCCUACAGGUCAGGAAAACCUGUGAUUAACAGCAUCUGUGGUUUCCCAGAUGUGUGAGUGAGCUGCUCCCUCCUCACCAGCCCUGAACCCAAACCGAAAACUCAGCCCUGCGCCUACCCACUACGUAGGCUGUGAUUUCUUGCUUCAGAGUGUGAUUGUUCAACACAAAGGGUAAGGCCCUCUUAAUCUUUUUGUUUAUCCUGGGCUUGGCAAUUUAGAUGUAAUCUGCAACUUGUGCUGCUGAGACUCUGGCCAGGAAGCACAGCUGGUAUUAUUCUGCCUCUACAGACAUUGUUGAGGGAGCGAAUUGACCUCAAAAGGUACUUGUCCGGGGACUGUCUGAAUGUGAGCAUUCAGUCGUGAAUGCACCUAGCCCUGGCGCAGCAGCGUUUCAUUCAGAGGGAUGUAGCUCUUUUUAUUUGGAGUGGCUCUACACAACGGUCGUUAAAUAGCGUCAGGGUUUGCGAUAAUUUGUCGUGGCAAAUUGCGCUCCUUUCGAGUCUCCAGUUGAGAUUUUUAUUUGCUGAUCUGUAAGGCUUUAUAAACCGUAGUAAGAGCUCGUAGCGAGGAGUUGCCUUGACGUGCAGGGACACAGGGGCACACCGAAGCAACGUGCCUCGUCCGGGUGGAGAUCCCAGCGGGAGCGGAGCGAGCCCCAUCCCGCGGGUGCAGGGCAGGAGGGUGGGCAGCACGCCAUCCGUGCCAGCUCUGCCGCGCGAUACACGAGGCCUUACAGCACCAGUCCCGCAAAAUUCCCGGCCUGGAACUUGCUUAGCACUGCGCUGCUGUCCAUGCAAAGCUCGGAGCCCCCCAAAAAAAGGGCUUGACUGGGCCUAAUUCUCGCCAGUGAGCCCGGAUGGUGCUGCCUGGUUCCCACAGACUGUACACUUCCCUGCCAAGAUUUCAGUAUCUUCAGAAAUUCAGUGGAGCAUGAAGGUCACAGCAAGGGAAGAAUGACAGCCUGAGACUUUUUUUUCCCCCUUUCACCAGCUCGGAGCAGACUGUUGUCUCUCUUGCAUGUUGACUGUUUUCAUAGGGUUAGCGUGAAGUUUAUGUUUUACACAGACCAGUGGAAGUCAGAUAUGGGAAUGCAGCAGAUCAGCUGUGUUUCUUCAAGGAAGACGGUCUCAUGUUGCAGACUUUCUUUCUCGGUGUCUGCAAAAGCUUGAUUUCCAGUGAAAUUUCCUUUACAGAUCUUUGUGUUUAAGUUCUUUUUGUGGACAUAUGUGAGAGACUGUACCCGAGGUUUCAGUUUGUGUAUUUAUUUCCUUUCUCUUGUUUUCACUUGCAAAGCUGCAGGCAAAUAUUAAACUUCGGGGGGGAAAGAGCUGUUAAUUUUUCACAGUGUUAUGCAUUACAGUGCUCAAAAUGAUGAUGCCAAAUUAGCCAUUAGAGGUCAAACCUCAGCGGACAGCAAAUGUUUUCUUUUGGGGAAAUCAUCCUUUUUCCUGGGAACCAGUUUUGUUCUCCUCUGCUAAAUGCAAGAAAGGUAUCAAUGUGUGGGUUUUUCCUGGAGGGCAACACUAGCUGGAAAAAUGCUGCUUUUAGCCAGUGGAAACAGCACAAGCAAACAACGAUUGGCAGGCAAAACAGCACUUGUAUUUAGACUAGCAUAGAAAAGAAGACACAAUGUAGAGCAGAGUAAAUGUCCUUUUAUACAGUUCUGUACAAGGCUUUUUCUUCCUCUCGUGGGUUUGGACAGAUCGUGAAGUGCAUUGGUCAGCAGUGAUGCUGGUGCACUGGGAGAAAGUAAUGAAAGGUCAGUGGGUGACAGUGAUGGAGCGACUGUAAGGAAAGCGAAGAACUCUCUGGAGAAGGCAGUGACACAGCUAUAACUCCCCUGUGUCCCAAAGAAACCGUCCCCAUGUUUUCUCUCAAAUGUCAUGAGAAAACAAGAGAUUUGUAGCCAAUUUAAGUUCUGUUGGUUUCCAGUCCCCUGUGCCUCCUGAGGUCAGAGUUCAGUGCAUUGACUGUGUCAAGAAGUCAAAAUUCCCAUGUUUUAUACACUGUGGAGUUUCUCCUCCUUUUUGACAUCGGUGCCCUUAUAAUGCUCUUUGUUUGUAUGUCAUGGUAAGGAUGGGAUGCCCAGCUCCUGGUGUUUGAACGGCUGUAUAUUUAUUCUGGUGGGUUCUCAGGAUGGUAAUCCUGCACAUAAACCAGCAAUGGAAUAAGCGGGUCUCAUUAUUUGAGAGACCUUGUACAUUAAGCGUUAAAUGAUGUCAAAGUUCUUGUUUUCACAACGGAGUGACCACCUUCGUUAGUAGAUCAGGUGAAGUGAAUUGAUUUGAACCCACCCAGAAGGCCUCCAGGCCUUUAUUUUCCCUUCAUAGAUCAAGGUGAUUGAGUGGUGUUGGAAAGGAGCCUUUCUUCUGAACAGUUUGGUGUGGGCCAUCGUGUAGUGCAGGCAAUGUUUUCCCAAUUCCUAUUGAGAAUCCUGCACAAAACCCUUGUCCUGUUGUUGCAAAUGCAAUUAAAUCCUGCUACGUGCUUCAUGGGGAAUGAGCAGUUUUGCAGUCAUCCAAGAUUUGCAGUGUUUGCCCAGGGCAGCUGUUAAUACCGGCAGCAGACCUUUGUUCCUCCAGAAGAAUGUGUGAUCUCUAGGCAUUUUUGAAGCUUUCGUUUGAGUCAGCAUUAUCCACUGAGCUACUCAUACUUGGCUUCAUUGUAGAAUUUGCCAGAUCUGUAAUUGCUUGACAGCAUUUAUCUGAAGACCUUUAGGCAUUGAACUGUGUAACUUCCUAUUGGCAUAAAAUGAACUAUAUCUGUUAGUCCUAGUAUUAAUCGUAUGAGAUGACACCCUACACCAAAACCGUACGUCUGUGGACGCCUGUGGGAUGUGAUACAUGAUUUCCUUCUUCACCUACUUCUGCAAAGCAUUUUCAGCUAGAAGCAGCUAAUGAUGAUGGUAAGCAACUGGCUUUUCGAGAAGACCUUGUCCCCAAAAGGUGCACGUGGUCUAAAUUACUUACCUGAUGUAAGAAGAAGCCAUUUUGUGUUUGUGUAAACCCUUUCAUCCAAGGAUCAUGCAGUGUUUCGGCAGGAGAGCCAGGUGUAAAGCAGUAUCCUAGUGAAACCUGAAAAGAGAAACGGAAAGCUUUUAAAUGAGUUUCUCAAUUCAUACAUUGUGUCAGUCUUGAAGGAGAUAUUUUGCAGUUAUCUUGAUGAAUAGCUAUACUGUGUGCUGUAAGCCCAAGGCAGGACUUUGCUGAGCUCAGCAUGGAUGCUGUCAUUCAUUUAUAAGAGGCUCAGGAUAAAUUUUCCUCUCUCAUCCCCCAGGAAGGCAACAGAAAUCCCUUGGUAGCGGGAAGGUUUUUAUAGUGAGCUUAUUUGAGAGUGUGCUAAUCUGGAACAAAGUCUCCCAACGGCACAAGCUUUUUUCUUCCAGAGGGCAGCCCAGUAACCUCCAGUUUCCCAACACCAGGAGUGAUAGCUUAGAGGGAGAAUGACAGCACAGGAGUUUUGGCAAAGGUGGAAAAUGUAAUUUCAGGGCACGCUUCUUGUGAGUCAUUAUGUUUUCUCUGGACAAGUGGAUUUAGAUGAUUUACCUGUCUUAAUUUAAGAUACACAGUCUGAGUUGAUCAUCCUUUUAUUCAGGGAAGCGCUGGGGGAAGAUGCCUGUUCUUCUCUCAUCCCCAGUAUCUUCUCCAUUCCCACCCAUCACCUCGUCUUUUCUCUUGGUGGUUCCUGGGGGAGCUGCUCCUACUGAGGCAUUUUAGUGAAGUAGGAGAAUGUCGUAUGUUUAAGAUGAGCACGACCAGGUUUAUUUUCCUAACCGCCCCUUCUAAUGGCUGUGGUUACGACCUAAGGCUGUCUUGCAGCCCAGAGGGUGGCCCAGCACCCUUUGUCCUCUGCACCCUCGUCCCUGCCUUGUAUUUGCAGCUCAUGCUUGGGGAGGCGGCACAUGGGGAGCCAGAUGUUAGGACUGAUGUAGCAGUCCCAUUUGCAGCUGGAUCAGUGCUUUGUAGGCAGAACGGACUGCAGGAGCAAGUUACGUCUCAGGUGUACCGAUGGCAGGGACCCCUCCACCUCCAGCAGCCUGAUCCUGGGGCAGUGUCCCUGCCUGGAGCCUGGGGCAUGGCAGCGAGUCCAGGUGUCCUGCAGAGGUGUGGGCAGACCGUUGACCUCCGCAGCUGUUAGGGUUUUAAUUUGACCGUCUAAUUUCAUGGACUUUAAAGAAGGGGAGAUGGGUCCUGCAGGAUGAAAUGAGCUGGUAGUUGGAGAGCAGGAAGUUGGUGACAGAGGAGUCAGAGGAGGAACACGGUUCCAUGCAAACAAGGUCAUGUGAAUGGCUGUUUGGUGACAGGAUGGAGUGAUGGAUGUGCGAGGAUAAUAGGUCACUGGGGAGUCAGCCUGAAAGCUGAAGCCUCUCAAAAAGUGUGGGACAUUGUGGAAAAGAAAGUCAAAAAGACAUCAAGUAAAGCCAGGCAGCUUCUUGCACGCCAGCCUGCCUUGCAGCUCUAGCUAGCGUGCUUCCCUUGGCUUAUUUUUGCACACUCCGAUCUCUGUAUAAACGAGUUGGGCACUAAAAAGUUGUUCGUGCUUCCUUCUGUGCAGAUGCUGGCUGAGCCAAGGGAUUGAGCCUUCGCUCCCAGGAGUAAACCCAUCCCGCGGCAGGGACCAGCCCCGAGGAGCCUUCGCUCCGGCUGCCUUCUGCAGUUGGGCCAUUCCACCCCUGCGCGGGGCCUUCCCUGGAUCAGCAGUGUUUAGUGGCAUUUACUGGAGGGCUCAGAUUACCCCAGUGAAAAUAAUCGGUUAUGCAAAGUUACGCUGUUUAGAUUGGGUUUCUUCUGUGUGGCCAGUGAGGUGUGAAAGUCAAUCUGCUCCACGCACCCUGAGGGCACUUGCUCUGUGCUGACUUGAUAUGAUAGCUUUGGGGUUUGGCUCUCAGGGGGGAAAGCUGGCCCUGGGCUCAGUUCAAAGGGACACAAACCACAGGUGGUUAUGGUGGGAUCGGGCUCAUGAGCAGCACAGCGCUCCUAAAUCUGGCAGAGCAGAGAGAAGGGCACGAGGUUUGGGUCUUGCUGGGGUUGCAGAGCCCUUCGGUUGUCUCAGCCAGGAGAAGGCUGGGGAGGGCAGGCCAUGGAUUCCACUGAAUAUUCUUAUUUAGGGUUAUAUCGGUACACUUCUUCACAGGCUCGUCAUCAUGGUCUGUGUGGUAAACAAGUGUAAUUAGUAAAUUCUCAUGGCCAGGAGAAGGACUUGCUAUAGCAGGAGUGUUUCGUGGUAUCCAUCUUAGACUUUUUUCAUGAUCAUCUUCUGUUUCUCCCUGAUAGAACCACAAAUUGAGAGUUUCAAUGCAGAAAAGUGCCUGUGGACCAACAGUCCCUCCUGACUCUUCCUGCCUGCCGGCCAUGGUGUCCAAGCCAUUCCUGCACAGAGACACACAGGCUCGCUCCCAGUUUGAGCUGGUGUGCCGGCCAGUGGGGAGGCUGUGGGUGACCAAGGGGUUCAGACUGAAACCCUGAACUAAACACCGGUGUGGCACUACGCUGUCUGUCUGUAAGAUCACAGCAACAGCACGUAGCGGCCGUCAUAAGGGGCUUGCUGGCUGCUUGUUGAUGUUUAUAAGCACUGGAGGAUCCCGAGGUGAUCAGCACGAGGGAUGGUCCAGGGGCUGUUGUCUUGGCCAGGUAAUGCAGAACCCAUGUAACGCGAGUGGUACUGAAAAGCAGCACAUGCAUAUUUAAAUCAGCAUCAAUUUAUGCUGUCGCUGAGCUGUGACUUACCGCAGCAUCAUUCAUAUUCAGCUUUAGUGCCAAAAACAAUACUCAGCUUCUUUCUUACUUCUUAAUGAAAAAUACCUCUUUAGGGUUUCUUUGAAGUCCCCACCCCUGAAAAUCCCCGCUAUAUUGUCAUCAUUGUUACUGUUAACAGCCCCUGCCAGUAUCGGGAGCCUUUCCUGACAGAUAGCUCUGCAGAGGCUUUGUCCGACGCUGCAAUUCAGCCCUAUACUAUAGACAGUUUUAAAUGGCUAAUGACGGGCCUCCCAGGGGAUUUCUGCCAAACUCUCAAAGACCUCCCAGGUUUAAAAGUGGCAGGGUGUCCUUUUCCCGGGGCCAGCCGCAGGAGGAAUGCACACAGUCAGAUUCUCCUACCUAAGCUGCAUCAGCCUGGUUAUUUUUUCAGUUACAAAGGCUCAUCCAUGCGUAUGUAGCCGGUUGCUUAGCAGAAGAGAGAUAGCUGUGUCAGUAGAGGACAUGGAAUAAAGAGAGAAAAAGGGUUAAAUGGAAAGUAUCCCCACUCAUUUGAGGUAUUAUUGCAUUUUAAUGUUGAAAAUACCCUUUUUGAAAGGCUUGGAAAAAUUAAGCCAGGGUCUGGAUCAGAGGUAUGACAAGAUUCAUUCCUCCCCAGUGUUUAGUGAUGGUACAGCGAUACUUCUGGGAUACCAAUAGGAACGUGAAUGAUGUCUAAAUGAGCUGGGCUCCUACAUGCCAUUUGCAGAGGAGAGGCAUGAAAAACACUUGAGGAUCAGUGAGGGUCUGUCGGAAAUGGGACUCCGACGCUUAUGCCGUGAUUUCGUGAGAGUUUUAAGUCAGCGUAGGUGGAUGCUGCUGCCAGACGAAGCUGUGCCUCUCCUCUCACCUCUCCCCCGCCCCCCCGUCCCAACACAAGUGCUUGUGUAACUGCGGGGUCACUGGAUCAGGGAGCUGAUCCCACUUGAAACAGGCCUGUCAAAACCAGAUGGUUAAUUUUAACCCAGCUCCGUUCCCCAGUCUGGUUCACUCUGCAGCUGCCCAGAUGUGCAUCCGUGCGGGAGGGGGGGGCAGGCGGACUCUGCCUCCGCUGUGUCAGCACGGCCUUACACCGGCCAAAGCCCUUGCGAGCCCACAGCUGAAAGAGCUCAGGCCGCGCUUCGACAGCCCUUGUCUGUUCAGUCCCAGCCAAGUGAAGAGAGCGCGGCUGGUGCCGCGCACGGUGCCAGGCUGGGGCUCACCGGGAUGGGUGGCCUCUCCUCCGUGGCUGUCCGGUCUCGGCUCAGGAGGUGAAGCCUCAGCCUGUCUCAGCCCUACCCUGUUAAUAUCCAUUAAUUUUGGACCCUUGUGGCAGUUCAAAAUCUCUUUUGGUUCAAAUUUAACCUUCAGCUUUAUAAAUGAAGCGCGCAGUCAGGUGGGCGCUUAUUCCUGCGCAGAGACUGUACCGUUGUGAUCGGCUUGUAGCUGAUGUGCAACCUCGCCGCAGUUUUGCAUUGUGGCUGAAUACAGUUCACAGCUUCUGGGUGCGUUUCUCAAUUUACUCAGAGUGAAAAGGAUUCUUCUCAGUGAUUAGCAAAUUGCUUUCGCAGACAAUAUGUAAGAAUUGGUUCAUUGCUUGUGCUUGUGCUACCAAAUGUAACUAAAUCUUUCCUCCUGCUAAAGGAAUCAAAAUUAAUACAUUCUCUUC